UUUGUUCGGCUUCAGUCGGGUGUCAAUCUCUAACUUUGUUUUAAUUUUAGAAAAUAUCAGUGCUAUCGCCGUGCAAAUGAAUUGAAAAUGGUCUAAUAUCUGUGAGAUGUGUUUAUUAUCGCACCUUUACGGAUAUCAUUCGUGAAAAACUGUUGUUUCCGCCAUGACAAUGGGUCGCAACAUCAGGAAGUCUUCGGCGACAUUUGGUCUAUAUUUUGCAUGUAUUGCGUUGUGUUAUCCAGUUUUAGCUCAAGAAACCAUAGACAUAGAUUUGCCUCCACCGAAGGGUGAAAUCGGCGGAGAUGCGAGCUUCAACUGCAGCGUGUCUCCGGAGACUGAAUCGGUCGAGUUCCUCUUCAAGGGGCAGCCGAUCACCGACGCUACACAUCCUAAGCGGUUGAAAGUGGUACCAAUCGAAACGAAGUUGCCCGACAGAGACCGCGAUGGCAACACGAGGAAGCGCAAAACUGUCAAGUUGACGUUGAGCAACGUCACCGACGCUGAUGCAGGCGACUACGUCUGCCUGGCCAAACUUGGCGAGCUCACAGAUAACAGGACUGCGACCCUGGAUCUCAGAUUCGAUGGCAAGCUGGUGACCAAGACCGCUGGCCCCUUGAAGCUCAAUGUGUCUGACACGUCCCACGUGAAGCUUUACUGCGAAUUCGAAGUGUACAACAAGCCAACAGAAGUGCGAUGGUACAAGAACGACACCGACGAAAAAUCGCCGGAGCCGCAACUACGCAACGCGAACCCCGUCGGCUUGAAGCGAAUCAACAGCACCUACGAUAUACACAUCACGGCCAACGACAGCGGGACUUAUGUCUGCGAGAUCAACGAUACUGUCUCCAAUACUGUCAUCAGGGGAGCGAUUGACGUCAUAGUGUAUGCGCCGCCGGAAAUCGUCGGCUUCAACGUCACAGCCAUCAACACGACCCAACUAUACAUCAACUGGACGGUCCGCGCCUACAACUCGCCCAUAGAGUUCUACACGCUCCUCAUUAGAGAACUACCCUCAAAAGACUUCAGACUGUACACGCGCGAGAAAAUCGGACAGAAAAACACUUCGUUCGUCAUCAACGGCCUAAACAAAUCCACUGAAUACGAGAUCAAGUUGGAAGUGAAGACGAAGAAUUGGGUCAAAAAUGGAGAAUGGUUACAUAAGAAUAUCGUGAAGACUUUGGACAAGGAGCCGGUAUUUGUUCCUAAUAUUUCUAUAAAGGGAUUCUCUGCGACCUCGGUGACGAUAGGCUGGCCCCCGCCACCGAAGGAUAUAGCCGACUUAAUACACUACUACAUACUAGAGGCAAGGAAGAAGGACGACAACAAGGCACGCACGGCUUACCACUCGAGAGACGGUAGAAAUCUACCGUACAUGUUCGAUAAUUUAGAGCCGUAUAGCACCUACGUGUUUCAAGUAUCCGCCUGUUCGGACUACUCUAAGCAAUGCGGGCAGUGGUCCGAGAAGAUGGAAGCGGCCACCUUGGACGGCAUUCCGGGAAAGCCCAGCAACGUCACCGUGGACUGCACCGGCGGCUUCAUGAAGCUGGCCUGGGAGCCGCCGAGGAAGCCCAACGCUGAGAUCAAGGGGUACUCGAUUGAGUUGACGGGCAACGCCACGUACAGAGACCGAUUCGGAACUGUGAAGGAAGACAUGUGGGGUCCCCUCGCUAGAUUCAUGGCCAACGACUCCAGAACUGCUAGGUUCGACGACCUGCAACCGAACAGCAACUACACCGUUCGCCUCAGCGCCAUGACGCGCACGCGGCGCCGCGGCGACGAGGAGACGCGCCACUGCAGCACGCCCCCCGCCCCGCCGCACUCGCCGCCCCGCCCGCGGUGGCGCAAGGUGAGAGUCAUCUCGACGCAGCAGCCGCACCGCCCGCCUGGCGCCAUGACGCGCACGCGGCGCCGCGGCGACGAGGAGACGCGCCACUGCAGCACGCCCCCCGCCCCGCCGCACUCGCCGCCCCGCCCGCGGUGGCGCAAGGUGAGAGUCAUCUCGACGCAGCAGCCGCACCGCCCGCCUGGCGCCAUGACGCGCACGCGGCGCCGCGGCGACGAGGAGACGCGCCACUGCAGCACGCCCCCCGCCCCGCCGCACUCGCCGCCCCGCCCGCGGUGGCGCAAGGUGAGAGUCAUCUCCACGCAGCAGCCGCACCGCCCGCCUGGCGCCAUGACGCGCACGCGGCGCCUGGCGCAAGGUGAGAGUCAUCUCGACGCAGCAGCCGCACCGCCCGCCUGGCGCCAUGACGCGCACGCGGCGCCUGGCGCAAGAGUCAUCUCGACGCAGCAGCCGCACCGCCCGCCUGGCGCCAUGACGCGCACGCGGCGCCUGGCGCAAGGUGAGAGUCAUCUCGACGCAGCAGCCGCACCGCCCGCCUGGCGCCAUGACGCGCACGCGGCGCCGCGGCCGCGCUGGCGCAAGAUUUUGGAGGAGGACAAAUUCAUGUUCAAGAUGUACCUGCCCAGAAUAACUGAGCGCAAUGGCCCUAUUUGCUGCUACAGGGUGCACAUGGUCCGAAUGCUGCCCAACACGGACUGGAAGAACCUGCCUUCGCCGCGGGACAUCAGCAUCAUCGACUACGAGGAAGCGCACGCUGUUCAACCGGUGCUAGGCGCCUACAUCACUGAUGUCUUCUCCAACGACAAAUUCCCCUCGGAUUCCGAACUAAUAAUGGGCGACAGAAAAAGCCUAUUCGACGAGAAGGAACCAGUUUUCGCCAAAGACGCCUGCCGACGGUGCCUGUUGAAACCUCGGCGGCUGCCUCCAGACUUGCCUGUCCCUCCCACCACCACAACUACCACCACCACUUCUAUGCCGACUACUACUGAAGAUGAUUUACUGGAUGAUACCACCGAGGACGUGUUGGAAGUCGAAGAAAACGUUAAUAAGGUCCGGAGGUCUUUGGGAAGCGAUUACAACAACAACCCAAUGAUGAGGGAUAAAAACGAAGAUGACAAGCCUGACAUGAAGCUGAGACCCAACGAUGGACCUUUGGACUCCACCUCCAACUACACUAUGUUUGUGGAGUGCAUCACUGAGCUGAUCGACGUGGCGCCGAUAUACAGCGAGUAUGUGAACGCGCUUACGCCGGCGCCAACACCGCCGGUUGCCGUCGCCUCCACACCUCUUGAAGUUGCUUUGCAGGUGACUUGUGCCAUCGCAGCUGUCGUUCUACUGGGCAUGAUAAUAUUCUGCAUCCUCCAAACGCGGCGCUCGCGCAAGUUACCGCCGCCGGCGCAUGAGAUGAACCGCAUACAGCAGGCUCUCAGAUACGUGGUCGGUCACAUCGGAGGCCGGCAGCAACUGAUCUCCACAGUUCCCCCAGACAUGCCGCCGAUACCAAAGGACGAGCUGGCGGCGGCCUAUGCCGAGAGGCAGCUGGACUCCGACUACGGCUUCCAGAAGGAGUUCGAGUUGUUACAGAUGCUGCCCGAAUGCUUCCCGGACCGGACCACCAACGCUUCGGAGGCCCGGGAGAACCAGCCCAAGAACCGGUACCCGGAUAUCAAGGCGUAUGACCAGACCCGGGUCAAACUGUCGCAGAUAGACAGCAUAGCCGGCUCGGACUAUAUCAACGCUAACUACGUUAUGGGAUAUAGGGAACGCAAACAGUUCAUCUGCGCGCAAGGUCCAACCGACACCACUGUCAACGACUUCUGGCGUAUGAUCUGGGAGCACGGUCUUGAACUGAUCGUGAUGCUGACAAACCUGGAGGAAUACUCCAAGGUCAAGUGCAGCAAGUACUGGCCUGAUGAGGUGCGGGGCGCGAGGGUUUUCGGCGCUAUUACUGUGCAUCAUGUUGGUGAGAAGAGAUAUUCGGACUACAUCGUCAGAGAGCUAAGGAUCACGAAACAGCCCACGAAUGCAGAUGGACAACCAAUAAUUGAGAACAACGGCAUUGCUAAGAGGAAUGGUGAUUGUAAAGAAGCAUCAGACUCCAGCGCCCCCACCUCCCCGCGGGAAGCCAAAGAUUCAGGCGAGGGCCGUACCGUCCGCCAGUACCACUUCCUCAUGUGGAAAGACUUCGCGGCGCCGGAACACCCUCACUCUAUACUCAAGUUCAUCAAGCGAGUGAACGAAGCAUGGUCAAACAUGGUGGGGCGUCCCGUGGUGGUGCACUGCUCAGCCGGCGUGGGCCGCACCGGCACCCUCGUCGCGCUGGACUGUCUGCUGGAGCAACUGCAGGCCACCGGCCACGCCGCCGUGUUCAACACGGUCGCCGAGCUGCGCCGCCAGCGGAACUUCCUCGUGCAGUCGCUGAAACAAUACGUGUUCGUGUACCGAGCGCUGGUUGAAUACGCACACUAUGGAGACACGGAGAUUCCGGCGUCGCGGCUGAAAGCGUCCAUCGACCGGCUGCGGAACACACCUGAAGGCGCCGACAAGUGCCUCAUGGAGCACGAGUUCGAGAAAAUGAUAAACAGUCCAGUAGCCGAGCCAGUCAAGUCUUGCGCCGCGGGUGCGGGCGAGGAAGUCCGCAGCCGGAAUCGAAGCCCGGACUGCUUGCCUUACGACCGAAAUCGGGUCAUCCUGACCCCGCUGCCUGGUCGAGACUUCUCUACGUAUAUCAACGCCUCGUUUAUUGAAGCAUACGACAACUCAGAAGGCUUCAUAAUCACGCAAGACCCGUUACCGAACACGAUCAUGGAUUUCUGGCGGAUGGUCUCUGAACAUAACGUGUCCACCAUCGUCAUGCUGAGCGAGAUCGGUGACGGCAAGUGCCCGCGCUACUGGGACGACGGCACGGCGCAGUACGAACACAUCGCCGUGCAGUACGAGGAGAGCGAGUCCUGUCCCUACUACACGCGCCGCCAGUUCCGCGUCACCAACAACAAGAACGGCGACAGCGCUUCGGUACGCCAGCUGCAGUACCAGGGCUGGCCCACGGCGCCGGGCCACGUGCCCGAGGUGACGCGCGGCCUGGCCGAGCUGGCCGACGCCGCGCGCCAGCACCGGCCCAGCGACCACACCAUGCUCGUGCACUGCCACCUGGGCACGGAACGGUCGGCGCUAUUCGUGGCUCUAUGCAUCCUGAUCUGCCAACUGCGCGUGGAGCGGCGCGUGGACGUCAACACCGUCGCGCGCAAGGUGCGCUCGCAGCGGGCACGCACCGUCGACACCUUCUUGCAGUACGAGUUUUUACAUCGUGCCAUUCUCAACUACGCGGAACUUCACAAUCUACUGGAGGACAGUUAAACUGCCACGCCACAGUAACUAUGGUUUUCAACUAGUAUUUUACAACGUCAAAUCCUAAAAUCAGGCGAUUGUGUAUACCUUUCUUUAUCUCGAGGGUAAAAAAGGAAAACUAAAACUAAAUUGGAGGUAGUGUCCGGAAUUCUCAAGUAUUUUAACCUCAAUUUAGCGCAAUAAAAACGACAUAAAAUAAAAACGUUGAUAUAAUUUCAGCUUUAUAUCAAGCUGUUUAGAAACGAUAUUACGACGAAAACUCUCUGUUGUGAUUAUUCGGAAUGUUACGACUUAAUUUUACGUUAUUUUUAAGUUAGCUUAUUAUUCGAUGAUAAUUAAUUACCUAUUACGUAAAUAUUUGUAUAGAAAAGGCGCCGUUUUGGCAGACCCGAGUUAUUUCAUCGUUUCCGAGAAAUCUAUCCUACUUUUACAUACUUUUUUUUUAAUUUGACAUAAUUUUCCUGUUCUUCAAAGGCAAUCAAAGACAUCACUAUAAAGUAAUUUACUAAUUUGACAAUAUUGUAACAGAUUUCAAUAAAUAACAGAUUAUAAAAUUCAAUUAGCAACCGAAUCAGAGUUUCCAAAUAAUAUAUCACCAAUUUGACAUAAUUAUUAUGUAUAUCAUUAACUUAAGUUUUGUGUCUAUUUGCUAGACGUGGCUAUACAAUUCCAUAGAAUAAAUUAAAGUGUUUAAUUAUUAAUAAUACACAUAAAAACAUAGCUUUAGUUUGCACCGACGCUUACCUUGCACUUUCCCAAAAAAAUGAAAGAGAUAGACAGAAUAUGUAUCAAAAUAGCUUUUGCAGAUGCUCAGUUCAAUAUUUUAUACAUAUAGGUGCUUUAAUUUUUACAUUAUGCCUUUCUUACGAAUUUACACAUUAUUUUAAUAUUUUUUUCGUAUAAAAAUCUAUUUUUUCUUACGUUUUGUUAUCGAUAUGUAAGUUGUGUACAAAUCAUUGAUAUACAUCUGAUUGUAGGUUUUUUAAUCGUAGCUCUUAGAUAGGUUUAAAUAAAAAUCCGCUUUUGCUUCAAACCAUUUAUGGAAAAACGAUCUUUUUCCCAUAUCAACACGGUCGAGAACGGUUCUGCAGGCUCGGCCAAUGUAAGUCUGUUGUUGAAUACUUUCAAGGUCAACAUUUUACUGAACGUUCUUCAGGAUACUUACGUUGGUUCUCAAACCAUACCACCAUAGGAUAGAUCUGUCUUUAUCUAUAAAAUUAGACUUUUAUUAUUAGUUCUUGGUAUAAAUCAUACCAAACUGAAUCGUGUCCAAAGAAAGGGUUAGCUGUUAAAAUAUCAUGAAAAUAAAAAAUAAAUUUAAAAUAAUACUACAUAUUUAUUUUGAUAACGAAAGAGGCCAUAUGAUUAUGCAUUUGUAUUCAAUUUAGGUUAUUUAUAUCGAGUCACUAUAUAAGACUUACAUUUUCGGUAUAAAUACGGUGAGGUUUUUAAAAAAGACCUUUUAAAAAAUGUUAAGGCCAAAAGCAAAAUUAUACCCCAAUGUUAGCACAAAUUUUAAUUAAAGGUGCGUGCAUACUGUAAUGUUUAAACUAAAGAACUAUUUCUGUACUAUGUAAAUAAUCCCUUUUAUAUGAAGUGAAGGAACACGUUGUAUCAGUGUGCACCGACCCUAGCGACGACAUUUUUGAUGUAUUUACUAUGAUUAUUGUUUUUUUCGUAAGAUUAAAGCAGGGCUAAUAUUGUCACGCCUGUGGACGACUGUCUAACUUAUAUGUAUUUAGGUAAUAAGCUAUGUAACUAGAUUUUGUAUGAGCUAAACAAAAUAUACAAUACGUUGAUGUUGUUGAGUGUACCGUGUUGUAGGUGUACGCUUUGGUUCUUGAAAAUUGGCGUUAUAGACAAAACUCGAAUGUAACAGUAUUAGAAAAUUCAUUCAUUUUCCAUUGAUAAGCAUUUUUGUUCACACUAAAUAUUAUGGUUUAAACUGUUAAUGGCUGUAUUAAAUAAAAAAUAAUGAGGCUAUAAAUCAUUAUAUAGUGUGUAUUACCAUUUACAAUCAGUAUUUGAUGUUAAACAAAACUAAAGACACCGUCAUAGAGAAAACUAUUUAGACAGUUUCAAAAGAGUCAAAACGAACACUGCAACAUGGCGAAUGAUUCACGCAGUGGCGCAUAUUCACUAUGAGCGAGUGAUUGUCGUCCUUAAGACAAAGCGAUGAGGUUUAGUAUGCGUUGUGUUCAGUGCCACUGCUGUGACAUGUAAGGGGCCACAUCGGUGGUGGAAUUGGAAGCCAGGGAUAGUCAGCAUUGGUCUAACAAAAUGAAAAAUGUCACGUAUAAUGUCCUGGAAAAGUAUCAAAACUUAGCGUAAAAAAAUGCUGGCCGUCUCUGGAAAUUUAACACGUUGACUGUCCUUUGUUAUAUCUUGUGGAACAACUCAGACAGAUUCCAGUCUAAUAGUGUCGUAAUUCACUCCAAAUGAUUUGCUAUUCCGUAACGUUUGUGGUGGUCAACGUGUUAAAUCAAAAGUUGGUGUUAUAAAGGACUUGCACGAUCUUCCCUGAUACCAUUCAGAGGUGAAUUUUCAAAAUAACAAUCGUCUAUGGCCUAUUGGCCGACCCCCUUUUAGUUUAGAAAUUCUUCUUAGUUUUAAAUCCUAACAUGCCAAAGUUGUUCUGAAAUAGAAUAAGAUAAAGUGCGAAUUCUGAGACAUAUCACUUAUCCUUUUCUAGCCCGUACAGAUAAAAGAACAGAUUCAACCUUCAAAAGAUUAAAAUUAAAUAUAACUCUCAGAAUGAGCUAAUGAACAAGUGGAGUUGUGAUUUUUAUAAAACAACAGGCUUCCAUGUAAAAGAAGACUCACAGAUCAUAUCAAUAUGAAACCAUUUUGAUACGAAUUCGAAUUUACACGCACAAGAUAUAGGUUUAAGAAUAAACCACCGCAGUUAUGAUGAUCUCACAUGCGUUGUGUUCAAGUUAGUUUUAUUCAGUACUAUUACUAUUUUGUAAUUCGUGAAAAUGUGCAAAAAAAACCAUUCAUAGUUUUUCUUACGGCGGUCACUGGUUAAGUUUGAUUCGUAUGUCCAUUUUGGAUGCCCAAUGAGGUACCUAUUAGACCAGUAAUGUAACUGCCAUUUUAAUAAGAGUAUAUUCCUAUAAAAAUAUGUUGUCACUAACAUUUUAAAUCUAGUUUUCAGAAUUUAUAUUAAAAAUAAGUCGUUCGUUCAUAUUAAUUGUAUAUAUAAACAUACACCAUCAUAUAAAUUGUAAAAUAGUAAUCGUACGGAUUGGGAAAGCGUGCAAGUCCGAGAGUGACUGAUAUUAUGCGUGUUUUUAUUUUAGCUUUUUGUAUCUAUAUAAAAAGUAGGGAUGUUACAACUUUUUUUAUUAAACAAACGUAGAUAGUAAGUUAGGUUAGACGAUGUUUGGCGACAAAUAAAUGUGAGUAUUGUGGGCGGGGAAAUGAGGUUUGAAUAUUUUUGAACUGUUAUUUCACUGUAGGAAAUUCUAUUGUAGAAUGUUUUCUUCGGUUUUAACUUGCCAAAGACUGUAUCACUGUGUAUGUUUUUUGUUCAAUUUGAUCAAGGCCAACUACCUGGUGAGUCUUCUUUAUUAUCAGAUGGUAAUGAAACUUCACGUCAAACUACACUUUUAAAACAUAAUAUUUGAUUGUUUCUUUUAUAUCAAAUAUCUCAUUUACUUCUCACAAUACAAAAUACGAUCAGGAUCUGAACUACGAAUAUUUCUUGCAUGUAUCACAGUAUACCUUAUUUACCUUAUUUUAUACACUCGACUUAUACUGCGGUGCAUUGCAAGAACUAUCUGCAGUUGCAAAUACCGCUAUGCCGGUACCAGUUACGUUUAUACAAAAGAUCUUGUGUCUUCGACAUAAUUUUGUAUAGAAAUGUAUAAUGUUUAGCUGAAACUGGCCAUUGUUUAGAAGUCAAGCUCAGCUUGGUUGUUUGUUGGCAGCAAAUGGGAUCGGAAUUGUUAUUUUUCUAGAUAUUGUAAUGUAGUUUUCAUAAAAAUAUCGGGAGUGAAACCAACGUUACAAAACAACGCUCAAAAAACUAGACUCGAUCUUAGUCAUAGAUUAUGUCCUGUUAUUGGACUAAAUAUUGAAAUGUGAUCAAUCAAAAGCCUAAGUCUAUAUUUGAGAUUGAAUCAUUGAGCAUUGAGACCCUUGAUAUUAUAGAUUUCUAUAAUUGCACAUCAAAGAGUUGAAAAAAAAGUAAAAAUAUACCAAUUUUGAUGCCGAUCUGCUGUCACUAAACACACUCACCCCGAUGCUUAACUGUAGUGGAUACUGACGCUUUUUGUAAUUAUAAAACUACAAAUCAAAUAGGCUCUAACUUCUCUUAAAUUUACGUUUCGUUUACAAUAAUUUUGUGACAUGUGCAUUUUUUUCUUUCGAUGUAAAAAUUACAUUCUGUAAUACGUAUUUAUUUAUAUGUACACUGCAGUUUAUAUAUUUAUAAUUUUUAUGAUUAUUAUUUUACACCAAUACUAAUUAAUAAUGCUCAAAUAUUGUAUGUUUUGUAGUUAUUUUGUAUUUUUACAUAGUUUUAUAUGAAAAUCUCAACGUUUGCUCAGAGUGUGCACAUGUUACAUCUUAUCAGUUUAUGCAAAGUUUGGUAUUUCCAGAAAAUUGAUGAUGUGACGAGGAUAAAAUUUUAUAAGGUGUUUAUUAUAAUUUUGUAAAUAUUAUAUUUAAGUGCAUCUACCGAAGCUAUUUAAUUUAAUGUACGCAGUCUUGACAGUCGUGAACCUGAUGAUUUAAUUUUAUUAUGUUUCUAAAUCUGUAAAUAGAUAAUGCAGGUCGUGUCAUACAAUAUUUUUGAAAAUAUACCACUAUUUAGAAA